UCCACGGUAUCUGCACACAAACUCCACUAGCCACACCUGGCCCUUCAGUGCCAUAGCAGAACUGAUUGACAAUGCUUAUGACCCAGAUGUCAGUGCAAAACAAUUCUGGAUUAAUAAAACAAUGGUCAAUGACCAGGACUGCCUUAUCUUCAUGGAUAAUGGAAAAGGCAUGGAUUAUGACAAGAUGCAUAAAAUGCUCAGUUUUGGCUUCAGUGAUAAGAAGACAGUAAGAGGCCAUGUCCCAGUGGGUCUUUAUGGUAAUGGUUUUAAGUCGGGCUCCAUGCGCUUGGGGAAGGAUGCCAUCGUGUUCUCAAAGAAUGCCGACACCAUGUGUGUGGGUCUCCUGUCACAGACGUACCUCGAGAAGACAAAAGCACAGAAUGUUAUUGUGCCUAUUGUCAUGUUUACCAACAUUGGACAGACUCUCAGUGCUGCACCAGACUAUGAUGAGUGUCUUCAUGCGAUCCUGACACAUUCUCUGUUUAAUACCAAGGAAGAACUGCUGUCUGAGUUCAGUGUCAUUGAUGGGUUGUGCACCAAAUCAAGUGGGACCCGCAUCAUCAUCUGGAACCUACGCAGAACAUCUUCAGGAGAAUUAGAAUUUGACUUCAAGAAGGACCGCUAUGACAUCCAGAUCCCUGUUGAUGUGUCUGAGAAGACCACCAAAGAGACAAAGACGCACCAACCUGAAGUUCAUAUGUCUGUGCCUGAGAGUGAAUAUUCACUGCGGGCAUACUGCAGUAUCCUGUACCUUAAGCCAAAAAUGCACAUUAUCCUUCAAGGGAAGAAGGUGCAAACUCAGUUUGUCACUAAAACUCUCGCAAAUGUCUUCAAGGACACAUACAAACCUGUCUGUCGUCCUCCCCUUACAAAGGCAAUACCAAUCACAUUUGGCUACAACACAAAGACCAAAGAGCACUAUGGCAUCAUGAUGUACCACAAAAACCGUCUCAUCAAAGCCUAUGAGCGUGUUCCCUGCCAGCGCAAGGCCAAGAGCACAGGAGUAGGAAUUAUUGGGGUGAUGGAGUGUAACUACCUCACACCAACUCACAACAAGCAAGACUUUGACAAGACAGAAGAGUACAGGAGAACCAUGCUGAGUGUAGGUUCUAAGCUUGAGGAUUAUUGGAAGGAAGUCCAGUAUAGACUUCAGAAAAACCUGAAAUGCACUGAACGUGUUGAGGAUCUUGUGAAGGAGCCAGAUCAGACCUGGGUUCAGUGUGAUGAUUGUCAGAAGUGGCGAAAACUUCCCGAUGGUAUCCAUAGUAAACAGCUCCCGGAUAAUUGGUUCUGCCGCAUGAACUCUGACCCCCAAUUCAGGAGAUGUGAAGUUGAAGAAGAGCUUGAAAAUUCUGAUGAUGAACAACCAAGAUACCAAAAAACCUACAAACAGGAUGAGAAAUAUCAGAAGAUACAGGAGGAGAAGAAUACAGAGCAGCAGAGCCCUUCUAGCUCCAAGUCAUCCUGCCAAACAACACCCAGCUCUACCCUUCUUUUGUCUUCUCACACAGGGGAUGGCUCCAGACCUUCUGAUAUCACUUCAAUGGACACUCCUGUCCCUUCUACUCCUAAAAGGAAGAGAUCCCUGGACCCAAAUCAAAAGAACCAAAAUCAGAAGAAAGCUAGACAGACGCCAGAUAGUCCAACAUCCACAGUCUCAGUUGGGACUGACAAGAACACAGUGAAGGAGGAGAGCAAUGAAAUCACACACACCAAUUCUGAAGACCAGCAAAACUAUGAAGCUCAGGACCUGCAGGCCAAUGAGAUGAUAAAGCAUCUCCAAAAUAAGGUUGACAGUCUAGAAGAGGAGAAGAGCACAUUGUUGACCUGCUAUGAGAUCCUGCAGAAAGAUUUGGAGGAGAUAAAGAAAGACCUUGAUAAGGUCAAGAUUAAGACAACUCAGACAAAGAGUAGCUCGUCUCCUUGUCGCCCAUGUCCCUGUGCUGGACCUUCAGCAGGUGAACUACGAUUGCGAAGUCAUUGAUGAGAUUCUCACUCAGGUUAUAGAUGAAAUCUCCCCUACAGAGGCAACCUCUACAUAGAAACGUUGAUGACCAGAAGAACACAAUCUUUUAAAAUACAUUAAUAAUUUGGUUGUGUAAUGCAAAAUUACCUAACACAAGUUCUUAAUAUGCCUGGCUCUU